CAGCGCACAUCAACCACCAUGCCGCCGCCCAGGAUACAGCAAAGCCUGCUGGCUUCAUUCAGCUCCCUGAGCUUGAAUGCUGCUCGGCCGAGACCAACUGCGCUCCCCAGAUGCCAAUUCCUCACACCGGCCGUUAAACCCACCGCCGUCCGCUUCUUCUCGUCCACACCGGCACACCAAAACUGGCUCGCCCCCAAAGCCGGCGAAUCCCGCAAAUCACGCAAAGGCCGAUGCCGCGUGCCUACCGGCGGCAGCAUGCGCGGCACGACAGUCGUCUGGGGCGAGUACGGCCUUCGAAUGCGCGACCACGACCGGCGCAUCAGCGCGCAGCAGCUCAAGAUUGCCGAGGACACGAUUCGUAAGAGGCUCAGGGGAAUGAAGUUCAGGAUGUACAUGCGCAUUGCUGCGAAUAUUGGUGUGUACACGUCGGGUAAUGACGUGCGUAUGGGAAAGGGAAAGGGAAGUUUUGAUAGGUGGACGGCGAGGGUGGCGGUCAGCAAGAUUAUUUUUGAGAUCAAGGGCGAUCUGCACGAGCAGGUUGUUAGGGAUGCGUUUAGGUUGGCGGGGAACAAACUGCCUGGAUUGUACGAGUUCGUCAAGAAGGGAGAUGCGCCGGUGAUGGGCAUCACGAAGCUCGCGAACGGUGUCACAGAGGAGGAUCUCAAGAGGCCGAGGAAGCUGCUUCCUCUUGAGCAGCAGGCGGCGAGGAUCCCAGCCGCGGCGAACCAGCCAUCAGCGCCGUUGUGAAGAAUGUAUAAUACCAUGUCCAAGUACGUUUGUAGUUGUGUGUACGAGACCUGCGCUAUGUAGAAAUUGGGCCACUGCAGAGAGAUCACUCAAAGCCAACCUCACACCUUGUACAAAGUAUCCAAAAACCCCU